UUGGCCCACUUGUCGGCCCAAAAAUACACGAAGCCCAGCCCACCUCCCCUGGGGAAAACCCUCUAAUACCCUCGUCCCCCAUACCCUAGCCGCCAAGAACCGUAUUGCUCCCCUCCCGCUUCCGCCCCACGCCUCCGCCGAACCUACAGGGCUGACCCCGGCGCGUCGAUCCAAGAUGUAUCUCCAGUACUACAUCAACGAGAGAGGGGACAAGGUCUACACCACCAAGAAGGAGUCGCCUCUCGGGGUGCCGACGCAGUCUGCUCACCCAGCUCGCUUCUCUCCGGAUGACAAGUACUCUCGCCAGCGCUACCUCCUGAAGAAGAGAUUUGGACUGCUGCCAACCCAAAAGCCAGCACCGAAGUACUGAAGUUUCAAGUCUGCUCAACCAUGUAUCUUAGAACCAUCUAUCUCACUGUUUGUUGGUUGGAAUGUAGAUUAGCUAUUUGAGAAAAGAAAUCACGCUGUUAGGUUCUACCGUGCUAUUUCAGUAGCACGGUCAAACAGAGGAUGUAAUGCUAUGCUAUUGACAGAUCGUGAUGGCGUGCUGCUUACUAUUAUGUACUCAGUAUGCGACCAUCAAAUCACUGAGCCUUCUCUUGA